AAGGGCCAACCUUGUAGUUUUGGUUUGGUCGGGCAAGCUGGUUCGGCAGCCGACAUCAACUCAAGCCUGGGCGCGCGAAAGUCUCAGCGUCGUCCACACUCCUUUCCUUGUGCCUCCUCUCCUUCAGCCUCUCGACCCUGCACUCUCAAUCUCGCCAUCCUCCCAGCACCGCAUGCCAGGCCCGACCCGAUACGUGGAAGUGUGACUGCGAGCGACUCGUUACCCGUGGACGAUACCCCGAGCGGCUGGCCUGCUGACCCGAGAUGGUGAAUGCCAAAUAUGUCGCCUUUACAGUCAACAAGCAGACUCCAUUCUUGCAGACGCCAGACCAAGCCUAUGCCACCGUAAUCAACUGCCGGCGGCCAGGCGGGAAGCGCGCGGGGCUGGCGCACGAGGUGCGAUCUCACAAUGUGCCGCUGGCCAUGGUCGAAGGCAGUCUGAAGCGCAAGCGGGGCGACGAGGCCAGGAAGGACUCUGAGCAGGCGGCCAACCCGGCCGCCUCUUUCGGAAACGAUGCGACUCCACUCAGUGCGGCACCGGCCCGUACACUGCUUAACCAGCAGUGGCAGCAGCGCAAACCGACGAGGUUACGAAGGGGCAAGAUCCUGUCCAAAGGCGUCGACUUGGACUGCUGGUUCAUCAUACUGUCGUACUCGGACCCUGCGCAGCUGCUCGAGAUGCGUAGCAAGAUUGCCUCAUGCUACCGGUUUUUGCGGGAUAACCCCAUGCUCUGGAAGCAUAGCAGGGUUUACUAUUACGGAACCGACAUGCCGGACCCACCUCCAGGUCUCACCGAGUUCCAGUUCGCCCACUUGCGCCAUGGGCAUGGCUGUAUGGACUGCGGCGCCCCAAACACUCGCAAGACCUUCUGGGCCUUCCUCCGUCGCAUGUGCAAAGAUUGUCUUACCACCCAAGUCAUCAAGGAAUACGAAGCCAUUGCCCAGCUGAGAGGUCCGAACGGCGAAGACGUAUCCUAUAUUCGCGCUGCCUUGCCCAGUGGCAUCUUUGAUUCAUGGGGUAACUUUGUCGGCGUGGGACCAGCGAGUACGCAUGCGCUGAAGACCAUCUACUUGCGGUCAGACGUGCAGAAGCUCGUUGCCGAGUUCCACAAGGAAUCCAGAGAGAGGGACCCCAACACAGAAGAGACGGCUACAUGGUGGACUGCAUGGCUUGCCGACAAAGCCAAGAAGGUAGAAGAGCGCCAGAUGUUUGCAAAGAAGAUGGAGCAGUGGGAAGAGAUGCAACGCACGGCUAGAACUUCUGACUACAAUGCAAAGAAGUCACGGCGCAAGAACUUCUUCAAGGAAAAGGCUUCCCAACUCGAUCCACCCAUCAGUAUCAAAGAGCUAGAAGCGUGUCCGGCAUACAAGCGUGCCAUUACCAUCCCCAAAGACCCCAACAACACCUCUUGGGAUCUUCUCAAGCCCAAGAUUGUAAAGGAAGCCGCCGAAAACGCGGUCAAGAGAAACAUGGAAGAAUCGCGGCCGGCAACAGCAUCGACGUCCGGCAUUUCUACGCCUACCGGAAGCCUGGACGGUUACCCGCACACGCAGCCGUAUCUCGGCAUGAUUAUGGGCAUGCCUCCGCACAAUGGCAUGUACUGAUCACAUUUGUUUCAAGAGUUUACGUUGGGAUGAGUAAUACGCGAGAAAGCUAAUGUUUCGGGUAAUGAUUGCAUUAAUGUCAUGGCACUGGAGUUGGAAAUUUGGUAUGGCUUCUAACUUCUUCACGCACACAAACCCAAGUGAGCAUUUCUUUGCAAGGCGUUUAUCAAGACUGGGAACUGCAUUGAAGGACAAGGAAUAGCUGGCGUUAACUGUACUGGUUUCUUUUUCAUUACCGAUACGUAUCGUACGCACUGGAUAUAAUUGAAUCGAAAUUUUGCUUGACAAAUACAUGCGCCUAGGACAGUGAGGUACCACAGUCGGAU